AUUCUCCAAUCCUAUCACAGGUUGCAGCGACGCAGCACAGCUUAAAUCCCUGCUGCCUCCUCGAGAAGACCAGUGCAACCAUUGCUGGUCUUCAGCUCCUGCAGAGAGGCUGAUUGAUUUGCGCUCUCGGACCUAGCUACCUCGAGAAAGAGAGAGAGAUGGAGGUGGAGACGGCGAUGCCUGCUCCCCCGGCGGCCGGGCUGGACCACGUGGGCUCCGCCCUGCUCGAGCCGUCGCCGGCGGACGGAGCCGUCGGCGGGGGCGUUGAGGGCGUGAAUGGCGCCGCCACCAAGGUGCAGAAGGUGUACCGGAGCUACCGGACCCGACGCAGGCUCGCCGACUCCGCCGUCGUCGUCGAGGAGCUCUGGUGGCAAGCACUUGACUUUGCGCGGCUCAACCACAGCACCGUCUCCUUCUACGACGACCCGGAGCCGGAGACCGCGGCCUCGCGUUGGAACCGCGUCAGCCUCAAUGCAUCCAAGGUGGGUCAGGGUUUAUCCAAGGACGCCAAGGCUCGCAAGCUAGCUUUCCAGCACUGGAUCGAGGCUAUUGAUCCAAGGCAUCGAUAUGGGCACAACCUGCACUUCUACUAUGAUGUUUGGUGCCAGACCCAGGCUGGCCAGCCCUUCUUCUACUGGCUUGAUAUUGGUGAAGGAAAAGAUGUAGAUCUUCCGGAAUGCCCAAGGGCUCUGCUGAAGAAGCAAUGCAUACGAUAUCUUGGUCCACAAGAGCGUGAGUACUAUGAAUACAUCAUUACAGAGGGAAAAAUUAUCCAUAAGGUAUCUGGAGAACCACUUGAUACAAACCAGGGCCCUAAAGGAACUAAAUGGAUUUUUGUUAUGAGCACAUCAAAGAAACUUUAUGCUGGGGAGAAAGAGAGAGGUGUAUUCCAGCACUCUAGCUUUUUAGCAGGAGGUGCUACCAUAGCUGCUGGAAGGUUUAAUGCAGAAAAUGGAGUUAUCAAGUCCAUCUGGGCAUACAGUGGCCACUACAAACCGAGUGCGGAGAACCUCAGCAACUUCAUGAGCUUUCUAGAAGAGAAUGGAGUUGAUCUGAAAGAUAUUGAGGUGCGCUCAUCCAUCAAGGAAGAAGACUAUGAAAAUCCAGUGCCUAAUAUCAUCGCAUCCAAUCCUCAAGAAUUGGCUCUUCCUCCAAACAUGGUAGAAGAAGACAAGACAUCUAGGCCAUCUUCACAGACUGAAGCUGAUGAGGCUAACAAUGUACGUGCAGAGCAAGCAAGGCCUAUGUACGAAAGAACAUUAUCAGGUGGCCUGCAAAGCCCUAGAGAUGCUGGAGUCUCAAAGGAGGCAAUUCUCGAGAGGGUGAAUUCCAAGAGCAAGUCAAAAUCCUAUCAGCUUGGCCACAGGCUGUCCUUGAACUGGAGUACUGGAAAUGGUCCAAGAAUUGGGUGUGUGAGGGAUUACCCCAUGGAGCUCAGAAUGCAAGCGCUGGAGAUGGUACAACUCUCACCAAGGGCAUCGACUCCUCCAGCCUCUUGGAGGGUGCCAUCAUGCCUCUCACCUACCUUGCCAACACCGCCGCUCGUCCCAGUACAGACCUCCCUGCCCCAGCCAAGUUAGGAACUUGAGACUAGGCAAUAGAUGUAUUUUCACAUUUGGUAUGUGCUGCAAAGGUCAGACACUUUGUUUGUGAUUGCUGUUUCUCCCAUGUUCUAUCAGUCCAUUUGUAGCUCUCAGAUGAUCUGGUGAGGGUUAUAUGAGUUCCAAUCUAGUUGAACUAAUUUAACAAUCUUUGGUUGCACUUCUUUGUGCUGAAUGUCACUAUUGCAGACAUUGCUUCAUCA